AUGACCGUGACUGACAUGCUUUGUUUGACUAAGUGCUUAUUAUCUCAAGCUCCGAAGCUGUUGCUAUUCUUGGUCGCUUUUUUGGGUUUCUGUUUGGUGACCGCGGCCGCUUUGGUCUUUACUUCCAGUACCUUGGCUAAUAGGCCUGUCUCUUUCCCGGGGUCUCGAAACCCCUUUGCGAUUCUACAUCAGCACUAUCAAUUUGUGGUGAACGGUCCCCGGGUCAUACAAAGAGGGUACUUUCAGGCCAAGGAUGGGUUGUUCGAGAUUCCACGUACCUUUCGCUUUGGGCAGGUCGUGUUAUGUUCUGCGGACCUCGUCGAGGAAUUGAGGAACACGCGAAGCAAUCUUGCAUCCCCAGAGCCGUGGAUUGAUCAGCUCCUCCAGAUAUCCCAUGUUAUGCCGGGGUAUUUCCCCGCAGGAGCAGGGUGGCCAAAGGUCGCCAAAACCACACCUGGUCUUAUUCGUGGCACAGUACACAAGAAUUUGGAUCGGUAUUUGCCGUCAAUUAACGAGACAAUUCUUGCCCAAUUGAACCUACUCAAUACUGAAAAUGGCGGCAACAUCGGCUCAUUUGACCUCGCAUAUUCGAUCGUGGCACGCAGCGGGAGUUACUCUCUCGUCGGUGAACGACUUGCCCAGGAUGAAGAAUAUCUUGAUGCAGUGAAAGAGCAUAUUCUUGGUAUGAUUACUACCGCCCGGGCGCAAUUCCUCGUCCCGGAUUGUUUGAAACGAUAUAUUGGUGGACUCCUGAGUCGUCUGAUUGGUCUUGGGACAAAAUGGAACAUGGCCACGUCACGCAGGACUUUACUGAAGCAUUUCGAUGCACGUGCUGCCGAAUAUAGAGCGGAGAUAUCUGCGAGAUGUGAGGCCAUAAGCGAGUCCGGCCUUGAUCAUUCAGGAAAACCUGUUGAGAUUUUCCGCUGGCUAUACGAAUGCUGCAUUAUCCGAAAACGAUGGACAUAUCCAGAGGUUAUUGGCGAGAUGCUGCUCCUACAGUUUGCAUUUAUCUACACUACAUCAUAUGGACUCUAUGUGGCUCUAGUUGAGCUGGCACGACGGCCAGAGUACAGUGAGCCUCUCCGGGCGGAGAUUGACCUUACUGUGGGUAAAAUAGGGCCCACACUUCCGGCUUGUAAGGCUAUGGUCUUGAUGGAUAGCUUCUUGAAAGAGUCCCAGCGACUACACCCUCCCGCAGCUCGUAUCACACUCAAGCAAGGCUCCCACGUCGCUGUUCCAAGCGAAUUAAUUCAGCAAUUGAGUGUGAAUUAUGAGAACCCCGAAAAUUUCGAUGGCUUCCGGUUCGUGAAGCGUGCCGCAGCCGGAGACAAGAAUUCCCAGCUUGUUGACCUGAGUCCUGACUACCUGGUGUUUGGAAUGGGUGUGCAUGCCUGCCCUGGAAGAUGGAUGGCUAGCGCACUUAUGAAGCUGGCUCUUGCACAUAUCCUGACUCGAUUUGACGUAGCCCUGUCUGAUUCGUCCUCCGAUUCAUUGACUGGUUCACUUUCAUUCGAGGAGUUUUAUGUUCCUAACUUCGGGUUGAAGAUUGCGCUGCGCCGGCGCACAUAA